AUGCUUCUCCUAAGAGGUUCAUUGCGGAAAACAUGGCCCGCAUUCACCAACCUGACGCGGCUAUGCAGGACCAAUCUACUUCGACUAGGGCACGCCAACUCUUGUCCGAUACGGACAUUCACGAAAACAACUCGAUUACUUCAUGGACCAAGCGAUGCUGAUCCAACACCACCACCAACAACCAAGAUUCCAAAACCCGCAGAGGGCAAAACCGACAACAGCUCAUCAUCAUCUUCUUCUUCUUCGUCGUCGUCGUCGUCGUCGGACUCACCAUAUUCUCUCUUUGGCAGAAAAGUAUCCACUUCGGAAUUGUUCAUGAUGCGAUCAUUGUUCAAGACUAUUUGGCCCAAGGAUAACCCCAAGUUCAAAAUCAGAGUUCUCAUAGCGGUGUCGUUGUUGAUUGGGUCCAAAUUGCUCAACGUCGAAGUACCGUUCUUGUUCAAGCAAAUCAUUGAUCAAAUGAAUGUGGGCUGGACACAAGAAGUUGGUGUCUUGUCAACUGUGAUUGGAUCAUUGAUCCUCGCUUAUGGCGGUGCCAGGUUUGGUGCUGUAUUGUUUGGAGAGUUGAGAAAUGCCAUUUUUGCAAGUGUGGCGCAAACUGCAAUUAAACGCGUGGCUUCAAAUACAUUUAAUCGGUUAUUGAACAUGGAUUUACAGUUUCAUUUGUCACAACAAACGGGUGGGUUGACUCGUGCUAUUGAUCGAGGAACCAAAGGUAUCAGUUAUGUGCUCACGGCAAUGGUGUUUCAUAUCAUCCCCAUCACGUUUGAGAUUAGUAUCGUUUGUGGGAUCUUGAGUUACAACUACGGAGUACCAUUCGCAGCAAUGACGUUUUGCACAAUGUUGGCAUACUCGGUAUUUACAAUCAAGACUACGGCAUGGAGAACAAAAUUCAGACGACAAGCCAAUAAUGCCGAUAAUCAAGCUGCUAGUGUUGCAUUGGACUCGUUGAUUAAUUACGAAAGUGUCAAAAUCUUCAACAAUGAAGCGUUCCAACUGAAGAAAUACAACAAUGCAUUGACAAAGUACCAGAAUGCCCUGGUUAAAGUUGCCACCAGUUUAGCUUAUCUCAAUGCGGGGCAAAACUUUAUCUUCACUCUGGCACUAACGGCAAUGAUGUAUAUGGGAUGUCAAGGAGUUGUAUCUGGAGGUUUAACAGUUGGUGACUUGGUCUUGAUCAAUCAACUUGUUUUCCAGUUGAGUGUGCCCUUGAAUUUCCUUGGUAGUGUUUAUCGAGAAUUGAAGCAAAGUUUGCUUGAUAUGGAAAACUUGUUUCAAUUGCAAAAUGUCCCCAUCAAAAUCACCGAAGUUGAGGGUGCGCCACAGUUGGAAUUGAAUCAACGCAGCCCCGGUGAAAUCAAGUUUGAGAAUGUCUCAUUUGGGUAUCAUCCAGAUAGACCGAUUUUGAAAAAUGUCUCAUUUACAAUCCCAGCAGGACAGAAAGUGGCAGUUGUAGGGCCCUCGGGUAGUGGUAAGUCAACAAUUUUGCGAUUAGUGUUUCGAUUUUAUGAUGUUGAUCUGGGCCGUAUUUUAAUUGAUGGACAGGACAUUACGAAAGUAUCAUUGGAGUCGUUGCGUAAAAAAAUCGGGGUUGUUCCUCAAGAAACUCCACUUUUCAACGACACGAUACUUGAAAAUAUUCGAUACGGUGAUUUACAAUCGACUGAUGAACAGAUCCAUGAAGUUGUGUCGCUUGUUCAACUAGACCACUUGAUUAAAGAUUUACCCGAUGGUGAACACACAAUUGUUGGGGAACGAGGCAUGAUGAUAUCGGGUGGAGAGAAACAGAGAUUGGCUAUUGCUCGACUCUUGUUGAAGAAUGCCCCCAUCACCUUUUUCGAUGAGGCGACAUCUGCAUUGGAUACGCAUACCGAACAAGCGUUGCUCAAGACUAUAAGAGCCAUUUUCAAGCGUGAUAGUAGAACAAAUGUGUCUAUUGCACAUAGGCUAAGAACCAUUGCUGAUGCAGACAAGAUUAUUGUAUUGAAUAAAGGACAUGUACAGGAACAAGGCUCGCAUGUUCAGUUAUUGAGCGAUCCUGAAUCAUUGUAUGCACAAUUAUGGAACAUUCAAGAAAACUUGGAUGUAGAGGAGCAGUUGAGGUUGGAAGAGGAAGAGAGGUUAAGAAAGGAAGAGCAAGAAUUAGAGCAAUAG